AUGUGGAAGGUUUCCCUUAAGAUCACGCUGACCUUGGAUCCGCGGCUGCCGUACAAAGUACUCAGUGUUCCUGAAAGGACACCUUUCACAGCAGUCUUAAAGUUUGCAGUAGAAGAAUUUAAAGUUUCUGCUGUAACAAGUGCAAUUAUGACCAAUGAUGAAACAGGAAUAAAUCCUGCACAGACUGCUGGAAAUGUUUCCCUAAAACGUGGGUCAGGACUGCGGAUUAUUCCUAGAGACUUGUUCAUAUCUGCUAUCUGGAACGUACCAUUGCCUUUCUGA